AUGGGCAUCCUCUCCUCGCCGCCCGCGCUCCUCCGACGAGCCGCCGCCCUCGCCUCCGGCGCGGGCCGACGUUACUCCACGCCGUCCGUGCCCUCUCACAUCCGCCGCCUACCCCUUCAGGGUGGGAGAAGCGGUGCGUAUUGUCGGUUCCGGUCGCAAGGCUGCUUCUUGUCAACCACAGCUGAUAAUGAUAUGCAGUUAGACUAUGAAAGCGACCCCCCGCUGGAUGACGUGAAAUCUCUUGAGAAAGUGUCGACGCUGAAUGGUGCUGUCUCUCAGCUUGCAAGUGAUUUCGAUAGAGACUCUAAUCUAUGCUUGGAGCGCUUCUCCCGGACAAGGCGUGCAUCUGUCAUUUCGACUGGUUCUCUUAAGCUUGACCUUGCUCUUGGCAUUGGAGGUUUACCAAAGGGUAGAAUGGUUGAAAUAUUUGGCAAAGAGUCAUCUGGGAAGACAACACUUGCACUUCAUGUUAUCAAGGAAGCCCAAAAGAAUGGAGGCUACUGUGCUUAUAUUGAUGCAGAAAAUGCUUUCAACACUUCAUUUGCAGAAGAAGUUGGUGUGGACAUUGACAAACUCCUAAUAGCUCAACCUGAUUCUGCUGAAAAUUCAUUAAGCAUAGUGAACACUCUUGUUGGUGGAUCCAUUGAUGUUGUUGUUGUGGAUAGUGUGGCAGCACUGAUUCCCAAAUGUGAACUUGAAGGUGAAAUAUACAUGAAAUUUAAAGACGCACAAUCUCGUGUAAUGACUCGGGCACUUCGAAAAAUUCAAUACACAUUAAGUCGCUCUGAAACACUUAUUAUUUUUGUGAAUCAGGUUAGAACAAAGCGUAGCUCAGAUCCAUCUUCUGGGCUCUACAAGGAGGUAACCUGUGGUGGCAACGCGUUAGGGUUCUAUUCAGCAAUCAGAAUGAGGACAUCGAGAAGGAAAUUGCACUACUGCAAAGAAGAGGCCACUGGCAUCAGUAUAGCAGUGCAGAUCAUCAAGAACAAAUUAGUACCAGCAGCCCUGAAGGAAGCUGGGCUCAACAUUGGGUUUGGUAAGGGAAUAUGCCAUGAAUCGGAGAUUCUGGAGAUGGCUUCUACGCAUGGAGUUAUCGUGAAGGAAGGAUCUGGGUAUUGGAUCAACGGCGACUUCCUGCCUGGCAAGGAGGAAGCCGAGAAGUUCCUACUUGAGAACGAAGCUGUGGCAGACGACAUCUGCAGUACCAUGAGAAGCCAACUCUUUGAAACGUGA